AGUAGAUUGUUUUAACCUCCCUGGUGGUAUUCCCGAGUGUAGCUCGGGGUAAAGUUUCAGCACCACAAGCGGUAACCCCGAGCUACACUCGGGAAUACCUUGCAGCGCUGCUCCGAGAUCUCUUCUUCACUUACCUUGUCCUGCGCUCCCGCGAUGUCCCUCCUGCAGUGUCCCCUGCAAUGUCCUCGGGCGGAUGCCGGCAUCUGUCUUCUGGAUUCUGUUCCCUGCGACAUUGGAACGUAUGGGGGAUGGAACGGCGGGAAACUUGAAAGUUGUAAAAGUGAAAUUCACUAAAAUCACUAAAAUCACAUAGUAAAACAUUACUGUUUCAAACCAUUUCACAUACAU